AUGAUGACCGAAAUGCCAGGUCAUCAUUAUCGAGUUCGAAAACGUCGUCGAGGUGAGGUAGCAAAUCCAGCGAAUACUUUGGAUGGUUUAGUCGCUAAACGCGCUGAUGAUGGUAUUGAAAUUGACUCUGACGUGUCAACAAGGACCUGCUCCGUUUGUGGCUAUCAGGGAAAAUGGGUUUCGGAAAUGAUUAGACAUAAACGAGUGCAUACAAACGAACGUCCAUUUCGUUGUAAAUACUGCUCUCGCACAAGCAAAUGGAAGGCUGACCUCGUUCGACAUGUCGCUAAGACGCACGGAAUACGAGUGGUUUCAAAAUACAGUCGAAGUAAAACAUUUCAUAAUAGCACUUCAACAUCUAAUAUGACAAAUAGUAUAAAUGAAUCAAAUGGAAAAAAACGAAAUUGUGUAGAGAUAUUGACCGAUUUAAAAAAUGAUAAAGGUAUUUCACUGAGAUGCAAAAAACCUAAAACACUUCGAUUACCGAUUAUGUAUCGAUGUGUCAUAUGUUUGUUUGAAGAGGAUUCAGUGCUCGUUUUGAUGAGCCAUUUGAAAAGUGCGCACAAUGCGCUGCCAUAUGAAUGCCAUUCGUGUGGCAGUUCGUUUAUGGACGCUCACACCACCAUGAAACAUUUCAUUGAAAAGACAACAUGCAAAAGAACCGAUCUCAAAAUUAACAUCGCACCACCAAAUAUCAUAAAAAAUAAUUUUAAUUUAAAGCCAUCACUUGCUCUCCUUGAUGAAGCUGCCAAACGAGCUGCCCAAGAAUUAUUUGGUAAAAGUUCGGUAAUUACUUCAUCCGUCAUAUCGACUAGAAAUGCAACUUUGCCAGCAACAUUAGUUAACAAAUACGAAAUGAAACAGGCAAACACGCAUGAUAAUAAUCAAAAUGAAAUAAUCUAUAACUGCAUAUUUUGCAAUUGGACUGCAAAAAAAAUGUGUGCAAUGGAAGAACAUGUACGCAUGCAUACAAUAACAAAUCCAUCCCUUCUGAUGCAACCCAUCAACGAAAUUAUUGCAAAUUCCACUGAGACUCAAAAGAAAGUUAAUUCGGACAGUACCCUCACAACGGAACAAGUACUGGCCACGUCGAGAUACUUCGAUUUUAGAACAAUAUUAUCACUGCUGAAACAACAGGCUACCUUCAAUCCAAUGCUUUCAAUACGAGCUCUAACAUCGACGCCGACACUGCUAUCGGAAUGGGCGUCAUCCGGCCCUUCAGCUUUUAAACAAGUUUGUCCGAUUCCGGAAGAGAUUACACGAGUUUCAGACUUCACAUGCUAUCCAGGAAUUCAUGGAACCCAGCAAAGAAAAACUAUCCAGCAACUCAAUUUCCUAUUCUCUGACACCAAUGACAAUAUUUCAUGUAAUUCAGUAGCGGUAAUUUCAAAUUUCAAUUCGGGCAGUCGUUUUGAAAAUUUUUGUCACGUGAAUUCCACUUCAUCUAAUGUGCCAGAAAAGUCAAGCAUAAACUCUAACCUGCCCAAUAUUAGCUCAUCAUCAUCUAAUUAUCACAUUUCUGAGGGCGUUAUCAAAGCUAUUCAACAUUAUUGCCAACGACGCAGUGCGUUGUUUUCACCGGUUCCUGUAAUGGAAAACAAAAUUCAAAGAUUGGUUGACCUUCCGGAGUCAUCAGAAAAUAAAACGGGCCAGAAAAAUGAGCCAGAAGAAGCCCAUGAUCUAAACAUAAUGAGAAAGGAGGAAGACGAUUUUGUUGAUGUCGUGCAACUUGAUAGUUGA